CAGUGGUAUUUAUGGCGUCAAGAGCUGAUUUUCCCUUCAAAUCCCCUAAUAAAGAAUCUAUUGCAGAUGCGGCAAGGAUUUUUCACACACACACACACACACACACACACACACACACACACACACACAAAUUCCCACACGACCGGGAUCUGCUCCACCGGGGGGAAACGCCUUCUCGCCUCGGACCCGUUCUGUUUUAAUUAGCCUCCCGGUGCCGCGGGUAAUUACGGUAACGAGCCGCAAAUGAACCGUAAUGAACCGCAAAAUUCCUCUAAAAAAACCCUCACACAAGACGCGGCGCGAAGCGCGUGAUUAAUAACCGUCAUUCAGGCAUCGGCGGGGGAAAAAAGGGGCGCGCGAGGAGUUGACACGCAUUACCCUCAGCGCUGCGCGAGACCCCGACCACUGCCGUGGAUGGUUGGGCGUUAGUGCGUGUUUGUUUUGCUCUGAUGGCGAACAUGAGCAGUAGUGUGUGCAUGGAAACUCCACACGCUCAUGGCCACACCCACGGCCACACCCACAACUACAACCCCACCCCCGGGCGGGACUUUCCUCUGCAGAUCGACUCAUGCGUGAACCCUGUGUUGGACUACAGUGCACAGAUGGAGCGGUACCGCUCUUUUGCCACCUUCUAUAAGAACAGCACGGCUGCCGCUGCCGCUGCCGCUGCCACCCCGUUUCCUCAGACCGCCAAAAUCGCCCGUAUCGCCACGCCCCUCUUCCCCUCAGCCCGUCUAUCGGCGAUGCCGCCCUGGCCCUGCGACAACGCCAUGCUCUGGGGGCGAAAGCCCGCCUCGGUUAACGUUAACGGACCUCACACACAUCGGACUGGCAUGUCAAGGGCGGAGCAGGUGAACGUGCACAUGUCCGCCAAACACAUUCCACAAGACUCCGCCCUCCCGAUGGGGGCUGACAACUUCCUGUCGCCGCUCGCCGCGGAGCAGUGUCGCGGUCUUCCCGUAACGGGGGCCGAGUGCAUGAACCGACUGAAGUGCCCGCCAUCUGUGCCGCCCGGCGGAGCUGGAGAGCCAGACCGAGGCGGGACGUUCGGAGGGAUGCCACCACUGGGGGGUCUGUCGCUGCCACCGGGGGUCAUCGUUAUGACAACGCUUCACUCCGGUGCAGGGUCAUCAGGGGUUACAAUGUCAGACAGCGCAUUUCAGAUCGCCAACGUGGCGGCGGACUGCCAGCACAGCGGCUCGUCUUGCUCCGGCUCACCCGCCGCUCUUAAUGGAAACGCAAACGGCAGUUGCAGCAGCGGCAGCAGCAACGGUAGCGGAGCGGCCAAACGCAAGCGCAAGCGCUGCGGCGUCUGCGCCCCCUGCAGGAGGCUCAUUAACUGCGGCGUGUGCAGCUCCUGUCGAAACAGAAAGACGGGUCAUCAGAUCUGCAAGUUCAGAAAGUGUGAAGAACUCAAGAAGAAGCCGGGCAGCACGAUGGAGAGAGCACCAUCGGCAGGAGCCGCCGACACCUUCCGCUGGUUCUUCUGAAGAACUCACCACCAACCCACGUCAUAAUACCGGACUAGAAGAACUGCAGGUCAUACGUCUACAAUCUGAUCAUACGGUUCCGCAAUCAGGGACUCUCACCGCCCUCCUCGCUUUCUACCCCUUCCCCUCAGGACUCACUGUGGCACGGAGGCCGAUUGGGGGCGUCAGGACGCCGAGGGCAAGUCUCUGGGUCUCAGACCGACCUCACCUCAACCAAACACCAAUGGACAUAGAGAAACAGAGACUUGAUUUCAGUCGUAUCAGGACCCCAUCCGAGCUUAAAGGAACAGUUCACCUGGCCGAAAUCGAAUGUUUGGUCAUCGUUUACUCACCUUCGUGUCAUUCCAAACACUUGCUUUCUUCUACGGGAGACAAAUGAAAAUUAUUUGAAGUGAAUGGGGUCUGGUAAACUCUAAAAGGACAGAACAAACAGCAUAAAACAAUAUAAAAGUAGUCGUGCAGUAUAUUAUAGUCUUUUUUUUUAGUCAGAAACCAUCAAUACGUGAUUGAUAGAUUCCCCUCGUUUGAUUGAAAGGAGCAUUCUUUAAAAAUCCACUGAAGAAAGCUAGUCAUACAGGUUCAGGGUGAGUAAAUGAUGACAGAAGGUUCAUUUUUGAGUGAACGAUUCCUUUAAACCACCUUUCUGUUGCAUGGGUAGAAAAGUGUUUUGUUUUUAACUAAAGACUUUAAGAAAUAACUUUGUUUAUCGCUGUUGUGACGCCUCACUGUCUUGAUGAAUAAGAGACUCUUAGGAUGGCUUGUUGAUUAAAUGUGAUCCUUUUUGAACUGUGA